UUAUCGUUAAUGGCGAACUAUGGGUCUUAUAGAAAAAUAGCCUUUAUCAAAUAUUGCCAUCGCUAUUGGAUUCUGCUACUUGUCUUCCCUCCACACAGUACCCACGCGCUACAGCUGCUUGACGUUAUGUGCUUCUCUCUGUCAGCACACAACUACUCCAAAGUCGUCACCUAG